AAGGGCAGGAGCAGACAGGAGAGUCACACAGGCUGGGUAACUCUACAGCGGAACAGUGCUGCCAGUCUGCUGUGGAGGGAAGCACAGCAAACAGUCCUUCCCGCUGAAGCGCCUCCAUUUAUCCGCUGGAGAUCCUCUGCUUGAAGGAGGAGAAGGAGGCUCUGCGUGAGGACUGCAGCAGCCUCCCUUUGGGAAAUAUUUCUGCAGGAUCAACGACAAGAAGAGCAUUUCUGCUUGCUUCAUCAGGGAAGCCCGCUGGAGAGGCUCUCCUGAUGAUUGCUCAACCUAAUAAUAAAGAGGUGUUGUCCUGAUUGCUGUUGGUCCAGCUCUGCUUAUCUUUAAGCAAGAUGUCAACCAUGACUGAAAGCAGGAUGGAUGGGCCUCACAGUACCAGCCGAGAGAAAACGUACAAGAAGACCACGUCGUCGGCCUUGAAGGGAGCCAUUCAGCUGGGCAUCGGCUACACAGUGGGCAACCUCACCUCCAAGCCGGACAGAGACGUUCUUAUGCAGGACUUCUACGUGGUGGAGAGCGUCUUCCUGCCCAGCGAGGGAAGCAACUUGACUCCUGCUCAUCACUAUCCAGACUUCCGCUUCAAGACCUACGCCCCGCUGGCUUUCCGCUACUUCAGAGACCUCUUUGGCAUCAAACCCGACGACUAUCUGUACUCACUGGUAAAUGAGCCUCUGAUUGAGCUGGCCAACCCGGGCGCCAGCGGCUCGCUCUUCUACCUGACCAGCGAUGAUGAGUUCAUCAUCAAAACGGUCCAGCACAAAGAAGCCAAGUUUCUGCAGAGGCUGCUACCUGGAUACUACAUGAACCUGAACCAGAAUCCACGCACGCUGCUGCCCAAGUUUUAUGGCUUAUACUGCAUCCAGACGGGGGGGUUCAACAUCAGGCUGGUGGUGAUGAACAACGUGCUUCCUCGCUCUGUCAAGAUGCACUACAAAUAUGACCUGAAGGGCUCCACCUACAAGAGGCGAGCGUCUAGGAAGGAGAGGGAGAAACCCCGGCCCACGUACAAGGAUCUGGACUUUCAGGACAUGCACGAGGAGGGGCUUUACUUUGACACCGAGACGUACAACAACCUGAUGAAGACCCUGCAGAGAGACUGUCGGGUUCUGGAAAGUUUCAAGAUCAUGGACUACAGUCUGCUGCUGGGUGUGCACGUCCUGGACCACAGGGAGGGGGUGGAGCAGGGCCAGACGGGGGGAGACGGCAGGAGGAACGUCGGUCAGAGGGUGCUUUACUCCACGGCCAUGGAGUCCAUCCAAGGAGACGGCAAGGCUGCCGAAGCCGUCACCACGGACGACACGAUGGGCGGCAUCCCGGCCAAAACGCACAAAGACGAGAAACUGCUCAUCUUCCUGGGUAUUAUAGAUAUUCUGCAGUCAUACAGAUUCAUUAAGAAGUUGGAACAUUCAUGGAAAGCCCUGGUGUACGAUGGUGAUUCUGUUUCUGUCCACCGGCCCGGGUUUUACGCCAGCCGCUUCCUCAAGUUCAUGACCACGCGGGUCUUCAGGAAGAAUCAGCCAAUUCGAUUCUCCCCCUCAAAGAGGACCCGCUCCAGCAUCCCUGCUCUGAAGUCGUGCUCACAGGAGAUCCUUUCAUCGCAGGCGGAUGAGAGGCACGAGGCGGAGAGGAGGGAAAGACUGGGAGGGGCACGGAGCCUGGCCAGUCUGGAUGGACAAGCUGUGUUUGGUUCAUUUCGGCGUCCUGAUCUGGUCCCUGCCAACACGUCGUUCUACGAGGCCUCCUCUAUGGGCACCAUCUCCUCUUCCUCCGUCUAUGUAAAUGUGGAAAGCCAAAUAGGAGAGAGGGAUGAUGUUGCAUCCAGCUCUACGUUCACGCUGGAGGACAGCGCCAUCUGCCUCACUUCAGAGCAGAGCACCGUAGAUGUGGACAUAGAUCGGGACGAUGGCUCCAUUCUUGAUGUGUACUUGUAAAAUCUUUACAUCCCUCAUUUCCUCCUACCACGCAUAAAACAAUCUCCACACUCCAUGGGAUGCACCAGGCUGGAAGUCGGUCUCCACGCUGAGCUCUGCUACGUCCACGAUGCCAUUUUGAUGUUUGCCAAUUCCAAAGGACAAUGCUUGAAUGUCUCUCCGGUUGACGGACCUCUACAAAGUUGGAACAGUACCAGUGUGACAUCUUUUAUAAUGCGCCGGGACUUCAGAUGGGGUUGCUUUUCUACUGCAUGUACGGAAGCAGCUCUACUUAGUUUUAUACAUGGAUAUAUUUUUUUUUCUUCAAUGUGCACAGUAAGAUUGCAUAGUAUACAUAUGAAAAUAGACACAUAAGGAAAUACUAGAUUCCCAUGAUACAUUUCUUUACUGGCGGCCAGAAAGACUUAAAUCUUUGCCGCGGCGUCAGCUGCUGAUGAGAAAUGUUUACAGUGGCUUUAUGGUAGCGUCUAAGGACUGGAGGGUGCUCUGUGAAGGACCGACUCACCCCGACACACUUCCUUAUGAGCCUCCUGAGGCCAAACACUGACUUUGACGUGGCCAAACGCUCCCAAAAAGGCGGCGAUUUCUAAGGCCUGGGAGGAACCUGAUGCUCAGAGUGAGAAAGGACGGUUAGCGGACCUUUGACGAUGCACCUGCUCUUUUUUUUUUCUUUUUUUUUUUAAAUGGCACUUUUGACAUUGGUUAUGAUUACUGUAAGAACUAUGUUCUUUUCUCUGAGGACGUUGCUUAGGUUGGUGGUCCACAAGACAAUAAGCACAGAGUUGGACGUGUGGAAAUGCACUCCCCAUUUACUCUACAAAUGCACACCUCUGUUUUAUCGUUGAUAUCACGUGUAGAGACAAAGAGAGGAACACUGUAGAUCAUGUUUGACGUGGAACUACUAUGGCCUCACGAUUGGAGACCCUUCUGCUCAGGACUUUUGAAAUGGAACAAGUACGUCCUCCUGAAGAAGUGACGAGACGUGCAGCCAACGCUUACCGCUGUCUGAUACCUCAUCAUGACUGCAGGCCAACUAUAAACGUUCAACUCUACAAUCAAGUCAGAUGAGAGAAUAAUUUAUGACAGAACUCGAAAUAAUUCACCAUCUGCUAAAAUAAACACUUUAGUUGCUGAAUGUAAAGAAAAUGCAUAUUUAUGUACAGAAAAGCUUCCUAUAAAUAAACGCCUUUAAAAUUCA